CAUGGAAGAACCAGUGAGAAAACAUGGGAGGGUUACAGAUGGAAGACAUUGGUCGCUUUCAGAUGAAGAACUGCAACGCUAGAAAUUGGAAGGCAUUGUGCAGCAAUUCCAUCUUUUCUUCCCUUAAUGGAUUUUCUGGAGUAAGGAAAAAAGACGGAAGGAACGGCUGUAAGCCACCAACUGUCCACCCCACCCCACCUUUCCAUCAUGGAGAGGUAUCAUGUGUUGGAGAUGAUUGGAGAAGGCUCUUUUGGAAGGGUAUACAAGGGACGUCGGAAAUACAGCGCACAGGUUGUGGCCUUGAAGUUUAUCCCCAAGGUUGGUCGGUCACAGAAAGAGCUGAAGAAUUUGCAGCGAGAGAUUGAGAUCAUGAGGGGGCUUCAUCACCCCAACAUUGUCCAGAUGCUUGACAGUUUUGAGACAGAUAAAGAGGUGGUGGUAGUGACAGAUUAUGCUGAAGGGGAGCUCUUUCAGAUUCUUGAGGAUGAUGGGAACUUGCCUGAGGAGCAGGUUCAGGGCAUAGCCUCUCAGUUGGUCUCAGCACUCUAUUACCUGCAUUCCCACCGGAUCCUGCACCGUGAUAUGAAACCCCAGAAUAUCCUAUUGGGAAAAGGGGGUGUAAUCAAGCUCUGUGACUUUGGGUUUGCCCGUGCAAUGAGUAUUCACACCAUGGUGCUAACAUCUAUCAAAGGCACUCCACUGUAUAUGUCACCUGAGCUAGUGGAGGAGAAGCCCUACGACCACACAGCUGAUCUCUGGUCAGUGGGAUGCAUUCUGUAUGAGCUGUAUGUGGGAACACCACCCUUCUACACCAACAGCAUCUUCCAACUGGUCAGCCUGAUCAUCAAGGAUCCCAUCAAGUGGCCAAAAAACAUGAGCCCCCACUUCAAGAGCUUCUUACAAGGCCUGUUGAUGAAGGACCCUCGUCAGCGCCUGUCUUGGCCAGAGCUGCUCUAUCACCCCUUCAUUGCUGGGCAAGUCACUGUGAUUGAUGACAUAUCAGAUCAGGGCAUUGCCAACCCUUUCACCAGCAAACUGCCCCCUGAACUGCAGGCUCUAAAAGAGCAGCAGACACACAUAUUGGCCCCUCACAGUGGUCAGUCAAAGAUCCUGAGGAAGGCACGGCAGAAGAUGGCCCAGGAAGCUCAGAGAAAGGAGGUGCGGAAAUCCAAGGCUUUGCUUAAGGGAGACACCAACAAAGGAGGCCUUGGCCAUCUACACAAAACCCGGCUUGCUCAGACAGAUCCCAGAGAAGAGAGUCAGGCAGCUCCAUGCACUGAAGAACAGAGCCACCCUGCUCUGGGAGAAAAAGGAACAGAGUGGGAGCAAAAAGAGCCACCCCCCACACCUCGAGAGGAUCGGAUUACGCAGGAUUAUGAGCGGGAGUUCCCAGAGGUGAGGCCAGGAAGUGGCAGAACAGAGGCACGAGGCAGACGUAGCAUCGAUACUGUAGAUCUGGAGACUGAGGAGUUGGAUAGUGAUGAAGAGUGGCAACACCUGAUAGAUGCCACAGAUCCUGCACAUGUGCAGCUAAGUGCCCCACUGAGUCUUCUAGGAGACCCUGCCUUUGUGCGACGCAUCCGUACCCGACUCAAUGAUUCUGGUCAGCAGGUCCUGGAGGGAAUGCUCGAAGGAGCAUCCCAUCUUCGUCCUGCCCUCCAUGUCAUUGGCAACUUGUUAGGUACUCGCUGUGACUCAGAGCUGCUGUACACUUUCUGCAGUGACAUAGACUUACCCCAAUUCCUGGUGCAGCUAGUGGGGAACAUCCUGGACAGCUUCAACGUCAAGCAGCAACCCUGGCACAUCACACUGCUGAUAGAUCUAAUUGCUGUGAUGUCGGCCUUCUUUGCCAGUGAUUUCAACCAAGAGCAGGAAGGAAAGAAACAAAGUUUGCAGGCAUUCCACAGCUUUGCCAGUCACUUCCUAGUCCUGCUGCCUGCUUUGCUGACUCAACCCACAGACCGAGAGAGUAGGCUGCGAGAACAAAGCCUCAUGUGCUUUACCCGCUUGUGUGAGAGCAUGGAUUGUGCCUGCCCCUCCAUCUCCAUCCCCUUCUACGCCAGCUUGCUUGAGGAUCAUCACUCCCUGCUGGAUGCACUCUGCCACGGUGCCAGCUGUGAACAGCCAGCUCAAGAAGUGUCCCCACAACAAGGAAAGCCAGUACAGGAGUGGAGUGAACGCUUGGCAGAUGCAUUUACAUCAGCCCUGGCAGCAUCCUGUGGCAUCCCAGGAGGCCACAGCACCUGUCACAAGGCCAAAAAGCAGAUCUCUGAACGAAUAGCUGAGAAGCUCACUGACAAGGAUAACCAGCUGCUGCCAAGCCUCCUCUCAGGAGUUGAGUGCCCAGCCUCUUCUCUGAAUGGGCUUAAGGUUCUGUAUGCAUGUUGCCAUGUCAGUCAGACUCUGUGCCAUCGCUUAGCAACUCCAGAAGUGCUGAGUUCCCUGAUCUGUCACCUGCAGGGCAAGGUCCCAUUGGCUGAAGGGGCACAAGCGCAGGCCGUUGAAGCCACACUCAGACUCCUCUCCCUGCUGCUGCUCCAGCUCCAGCUCCUCCCACCACAGUCUGACGCUGUGCUAAAAGAGACCAUGGAACUUUUCGACCAUGCAGUAACUACCUCUAUUCUAAGUGCUGCAGGAUUGCUACUCACCUAUCUCAUUCAGUAUGGUGCUGCUGUGAAACUCAGGCGAGAAGAUGCCUUGGCAACUAUAACUACCGCACUCACAGAACCUGCAGAGCUGUGUCUACCAGCUCCCAUGGGAGCUGGCUUCUAUGAUGGGCUCCUGCUCUUGCUGCUGCACAUAUUAAGCCAGGGGGACGCAGCAGCAGUGCGGGAUUUUGCUACCUCAGAACUCUGGAGCAUUGUGUGGCAUCGUUUUGCCAUGGUGCUCCACUUGACCACUCAGGCGCCAGUGAUGGAAGGCGAGACCCCAAGAGGUGGCCAGGGUGCACCAGAGCCAGAUUGGAACCUCAUCUCCCCACAAGGAAUCUUGCUCUUCCUCAGCUUAGCCCUCUUCAUCUUCAUGAGAGAGCCUCACCAGUGCCUACUGCAGCUGGCCCAGCCAAAUGGGGUUAUCAUGGCAACCCUGAACAAGCUGCUUGAACCUGACUUCCUGGAGCACUUGGCCCAGACGCAGGUGCGAGAAGAUGGUGAUCCAGAGCUGGUGCCAGCGGUUGUGCUCCAAGUCUGCCAGCUCUUCUGUUUCCCCUUUGCUCUGGACAUAAACCCUGACACUUUAGAGCUUAUCAUGACCAGUCUGAAGGACUCCCAGAUCCCUGCUCGGUUACUCCAGGUCUGCACUCAGCAUCUUCCUUUCUUGGAGACAGAGCUGCCGCUGAGCCUCCUGUGCCGCUUGGUGCUGAGUGAUGAGGGGGUCAUCGAGCAGGUGGUUAGAGUGGCGUCCUCUGAGCAUGCAGUCGCCUUCUUGUCAGCCAUUUUGUUAUCUGAUCACGCAGCACUGACUGCAGACCUGCUGUCCCUCCUCACCCACAUAGCCCGGGCCAGCCCACCUGACCUUCCUUUCCUACAGAGCCUCCUCUGUGGCUCAGACUCUGCCUCCUGGCCCCUGAGCCGCCUGCUGUGCCACCAGGAGUCUCUGGUCCGGGCCAGGGCCUGCAGCCUCAUCGGUAACCUGCUGCGUCACGGACAGGGCUUUCCUCAGAUGCUGCAGGGCCAGGCUGGACUGCUGGAAUGUCUUCUGGAACGUCUUUCAGACGAGGACAAACAUGUGCGCCGCUCGGCCAGUUUUGCUGUUGGCAACGCAGCCUACCAGGCUGGCCCCCUUAUGCAGGCCCUCAGCAAAGCUGUGCCCUGGGUGGUUCAGCUCCUGAGUGACCGUCAGGCCAAGACCCGUUGCAACGCAGCUUCAGCGCUGGGUAACUUGGGCCAGCAGUCAGUGGAGCUGGGGGAUUUGCUGAUCCAGAGCAGAGCACCUGAUCUUCUGCUGGAUGUGGCCUGCCAUGACUCCCAGCCAGCUGUGCAAGAGGCAGCACUCAUUGCUCUUCGCUCCAUUGGCCAGCAUCCCAGCAUCCACCAGGUGCUGGUGUCACUCAGAGCAAGUGAGAAGCUGGAAGCACUUUCCCUUAAUGAGUCUCAGGCGAGUGCCUGUAGCAGCACACGGCCCUCAUCAACAAGGCACUGCAAAAAACUGAUCCACCUCCUGCAGCCUGCACAUAGUGUCUGAGAACUAGGAAGGUGGCAUACUUCUUCCUCUUUUUUCCUUCCCAGCACCUGAGCCAUGGAGGGCCAUAAAUACUGUUGCAGCUGCUUUCUGGAACUGGUCUUCAGUGUGCUUGAACGUCCAGGGGCUCUUGGGUUUUUAACUGAAGUUGGAAGAAGCCCCACUCCUCUAAUCCAAUCUGAUUUGUGCAACCAACUGGCUGUACUAUACCUCUUUCCUGUUGUGAAAUAGCCGGAGAGGAAGCCAAGCUGCCCUGUUACCUAAGCAGGGACAGCACUGUUUAGUUCAUGAGUAAGAAAUACCGUGUCCUAGCCCUAGUGCCCCCAGCAGUAAGUGCCUUGGAACAUUCUUUCAUGUAGUUUGUUCUUCUGAGACUUCCAUCCUCCCCCCCUUGAAUAACAACAAGCAGUGUCAUUACUGCUUGACAGGCAUUCUUCUUUGCUCUGGGUUUUGCAGGUUAACUUGUGGGGCAGAAACUAGGAGUUUUUGAUUAGGAAUGGACAGCUUCCCUCCAGAUUCUCUGAUCAACCUUGAUACAUUGCAUCUAUCAUAUGUUCACCAAGAACCUCAAUGUCUUAUUUAUUGAAGACUAUGGCCUGGCUGGACUUUUGACUUAAUAUUUUCUAGUAUGCCUUUGUA